AUGUCAGUCUACCGGACAAUCCUGCUACUCUGGGCGGUCUUCCUGCAACUCGAUUCAGUCCUUGCGAAUCCAAUUGCACUACCUACCAAAGCGAAACCUCAUCGCGGCGGUCACCAGCGCCAUCAGAACCGAAUGAAGUACGGCCCGGUGGAUGCCUCGACUGUGGCAGAUCGCGAGAACCGAGAAAUCACUGUAGAUGCGGGCGUGGGAGACUUCGUCUACUCCGGCGUUGGUGGACUGAUGCACAUGGUCAAAAAAGAGUAUGGCUUGCGACGAACAGAAUCGUUUUACUGGGGACCAGCGGGCAAUCCCUACGCUAACCUUACGGCCUUCACGAAUGGCAAGGAUGUCCGUGUCCUGUCGCUAGAGCGCUUCCAAAACGUCCUACAGCACGCCAAAUGCACACCGGAGUCCGUGACGUUCACUUUCCUGAAAGAGGUGAACUUUGACACAGUCCAGAGAGAGUGGAGCUGGAUCAACGACGCUGACGAGCAUUACCUCGUCCUCGUUACCGAGAAUGCUCGCUGCAAUGUGCCUGACGGAGACCCAACCAAUCGCCAGCCUUGGAAGGUUUCGAAGGCAACGUUCGACGAUGAGACUAAUACAGUCGUCCUCACGGCCGAGCCGAGAACAUGGCAGAACGCUUUUGAACAAUGGCAUCUGAAGGUCUCUAGCCAAGCCAUCAAUGCCGCUUCAAAUAGUAGCUUGGUGAAGCGGUGGGGCACCGACGAAGAAGUCCAGUUCCCUCUCGCUGCCGACUUCUCAACAGAUCCCAUCGCACUAUAUUCGGAUGACUCGACCUCCUCCACUGGAUCAAUAUCCUGUAACCCCUGUUACACCACAGGAGGUACCAAACCCAUGGGCAAAACCCUACCAGCUCUGAUACAUUUGCUAACCCUUUUGCCCUUCUGUUUGCAGCUUUGGUAUCCUGACGGGAUCAACGUUGGCGAUAUCGUUGAGCUCGGGCCAGCCUUGAAAAUCGACCUCUUCGGUCAACUUGAUUCCACGACCGCCAAAUUCGAUGUCUUCACGGCCGGCGUUUCAAUGGAGAUUCCUUCGGAUUCCAUUGCGGUACUGGACUUCGAGGAUGCCUCGCAGAACGUAUGGCAAGGUUGGAGCCCGAUCUUCCAUUCCGAGCUCCCCUCCACGCCUUGGUCUGCAGAAAUGUCCAUGUCAGCAUCUGCCGGCAUCGAAACUCGCAUUGAGUUCGACGUCCUAGUAUUCGACCACGGCUUCCUUGCCGGACUGGCUCUCGCCGCACCUUCCGUUGGGAUUUCGGCGUCAGGCCUGGCGGCACAGGGAGGCGUCUGUGGCGUCUCUGAAGCCUCACUGGGGGUCGAAUUUGGCGUUAACGUAGGUGUCGAACUGGACUUCUUUGUUGGGGCGGGAGAGGAUGGAGACUUGCCAAACAAGAUGCCCAUCUUCGCUACUUCGUACGAUCUGCUUUCGACAUGCGAGGUUGUUGCAUCGGGCGCUCCGCCGUCGCCUUCUUCGAUUGCCACACCCGGAAGCGUCUCCGUUCCGUCCUAUCCAAGUGGUUCUGCGAAGGCAUCUGGCUCCUAUACUCCUGCGGCAAGCUCAUACCCUGUCGGCAGCUCAUCUCGACAGCAAGCGAGUCCGUGGCCGGCAUACUCCAGUUCGCAACCGGCGGUGAUCUCUUACUACCCGACCUCAAGCUCACAACCAGCGAAGAGCUCUUAUGUCCCUCCUGCCAGCUCGUACAUUGUGGUUCCGGCCGCCUCGUCGUCUGAUUAUUAUUCAACUACGACCACCAUCUACGUUCCCCAGAGCUCGUACGUUCCUCCGGCCGCCUCGUCGUCUGAUUACUACUCGACGACUGUGACGGUCUGGGUCGAACCUUCGUCAAAUGUGGUCGCGUACAGCUCCUCGAAGGUGUACGACUCGACGGUCGUCGUGUACGUAUCAGCUUCGUAUCCAGCACCGAGCUCGAGUGGAUGGUGA